AUGGCAUAUCAAUAUCCUAAUAAUACAUAUAACAACGGUGCUUACGAUUAUUCUCAACAGCAAAAAUAUCCAGGAGCAGAGCAACAAGUUACUCCUCCGAUAAUUAUGCCUCAAGAGAAUCAACAAGGAUCAUAUACAGAACCUUAUUCUCAAUAUCCUCCUCCCCCUCAAUUUCCUUCUCCAAACAACAAUUCAUAUAGUCCACCGGCUGAGCCGCCUUACGAUAAUAACUUGUAUAAUCCACCUGCUGAGCCGUCUUACAAUAAUAACUUGUAUAAUCCACCUGCUGAGCCGUCUUACGAUAAUAACUUUUAUAAUCCACCUGCCGAGCCGUCUUACAAUAAUAACUUGUAUAAUCCACCCGUUGAGCCGACUUAUAAUUAUAAUUCACCUGCUGAGCCGACUUACAAUAAUAACCUGUAUAAUCCACAGGCUGAGCCUUCUUAUAAUAAUAACAACAAUACGUAUAACGCACCGUAUGAACAAAAUAAUUCGUAUAAUCCGGUACCUGAGCCAUCAUAUAGUAAUCCUCCCUAUCCCGAGCAAUAUCCUUCUGAACCAUACACAUCAUCGCCGAAUCCACCGCAACCAUAUAACAAUAAUUUUUAUUCUGACGCUUCUCCAUAUAUAACGCAACCAUAUUCUAGCACUCAAAAUUAUAACAACACUCAAUCACCGACUCCACCUUCGUCAUCAUAUUCCCCUUCGUCUAUGAUUCCUCCAAAUCAAAGGCCGGAACCACCUAAUAAUCAUAGAGAAAAAGAAAAACGUAACCGUCCACGUAGCGGUGGAUGUGAUUGUGCGGAUUGUUUCUCAAUAUGUGGUUGUAUAAGUUAUUCAAGAAUUUUACCGGGAAAAUGUCAAGGAAUUUGUGAUCCUACGAAUGGUGGUGGUAUACCAAAUCCUGGUGGUAAUUUACCAAAUAAUAACAAUCCAAUUAAUCAGGCUAAUAAUGAGUUUAAGAAUGGCACUCAAUCUUGUUCUAAUUUGUGCAGUGAAAGUGUUUUUAAUAGUCUAUUUUAUGGUGGAAUAGGGUUGGCUGGUUUGGGUGCUGUAAUGGUCAUAACUCAACUAUUAUGUAUGUGUUGUAGGGUGGGUUCAAGUGGUGGAAAAGGUUCAGGUUGUUGCUAUUGUUGCUAA